AUGAGACAGAGCGGCGCCUCCCAGCCCCUGCUGAUCAACAUGUACCUGCCAGACCCGGUUGGAGAAGGUCUCUUCAAGGAAGGGAAGAGCCCGGGCUGGGGGCCGCUGAGUCCUGCGGUACAAAAAGGCAGUGGGCAGAUCCAGCUGUGGCAGUUUCUGCUAGAGCUGCUAGCGGAUCGCGCCAACGCCGGUUGCAUCGCGUGGGAGGGUGGCCACGGCGAGUUCAAGCUCACGGACCCGGACGAGGUGGCGCGGCGCUGGGGCGAGCGCAAGAGCAAGCCCAACAUGAACUACGACAAGCUGAGCCGCGCGCUGCGCUACUACUACGACAAGAACAUCAUGAGCAAGGUGCACGGCAAGCGCUACGCCUACCGCUUCGACUUCCAGGGCCUGGCGCAGCUCUACCCCAGCCCCGGCUUGCAGCCCCCACCCGGGCCCUUCGGCGCGGUAGCCGCCGCCUCGCACUUGGGGGGCCAUUACCACUAG